AUGGAGUUCCAGAAGCUUCUGAGCAUUGGAUUUCUGCUGUGCUCUCUGACAUGCCUCUCGUUGGAGGUGGUGGUAUCUUCUCCUUCACCUUUAUCUGCCUUUGAAAUACAAGAAAAGGCAGGACUGAAACCACGCUCAGGGGGAAAGCCUAGGUCCUGGCUGAGCAACUUCAGCAGUUACUUGCAGCAUCUGAUCAAGACCUUCGUACCUCCAGCAGCCAUUUUUGCUUUUUUUGUCCCCGCAGCACUAGCAGGGAUCCUCUGCGGCCUCAUGUAA